AUGGCUGACAGAUCUGUUAAUUCCUCUGAACGGACCGUCUCUAAUGCUCCUAUCUCUUUCGCUACGUCGGUGAUUAAUUCUUUAUCCACCGCUCACCACUUCAUCAUCAUUAAGUUGACCUAUAAGAACUACCUGUUUUGGAGAGCCCAAGUUGUUCAUUUUCUUGAUGGUCACGAUCUUCUUGGAUUUGUUGAUGGAAUGAAUCCAUGUCCUCCAGCCACCCUAACCGGCAAGGGCGAUGAUACGACAACCGCGCAGCUCAAUCAGGCGCAUCGUGCGUGGGUCCGACAGGACAAAGCCUCAUUGUCCAUGUUGAUGUCGCCCUUCUCCGAUGAGGUAAUGCCUCUCGCCAUCGGCCACCGCACCAGUCGGGCUGUCUGGAUUGCUGUGGUUGGUGCACUUGCGUUGUCUUCCCGCUCCCGGGGUCUCAAUCUAUUCGGACAAUUGCAAACACUUGAUCAAGGAGACAUGUUUGCGGUUGACUACAUCGGCAAGGCUAGGGUUUUGGUGGAGGAGCUCACUCUUGUCGGCCGACCUAUGACACUCGAAGAGCAAAACCUUUACGUUCUUUGGGGGUUACGGCCAAAGUUCAGGGGUCUCGUAUCGUCUCUCAACGUACGCGGCCAGCCUAUUACUCUCCAAGAGCUUGCGGAUCUCUUGGGCGUGGAGAAAUUUAUGACGCGCGGUGGUCCCGGAGGUGGCUCGCCGACUGCUUUCACGGCGCAAAAGGGCGGCCAGAAAGGGCGCGGUAACGGUGGCCGUGGUUCCGGCCAGAACAGCGGUCAAAACAGCGGCCAAACCGGCCAGACGCGUGGUGGUAGCGGCGGUCGCCGUGGUUGA